GGCCCGCCCGUCGGCCGCGCCGCGUCAUGUCAGGCGCUGCUCGGCGCUAGUGCCCGGGCUGCCGUCGCCCGCCCGCCCGAAGCCGCGCCCACUGUCCAGAGCCAGAGGGAUGGUGGUAGUCACGGGGCGGGAGCCAGACAGCCGUCGUCCAGACGGUGCCAUGUCCAGCUCCGACGCUGAAGACGACUUUCUGGAGCCGGCCACCCCGACGGCCACGCAGGCGGGGCACGCGCUGCCCCUGCUGCCCCAGGAGUUUCCUGAGGUUGUCCCCCUUAACAUUGGAGGGGCUCACUUCACCACACGCCUGUCUACCCUGCGGCGCUAUGAAGACACCAUGCUGGCGGCCAUGUUCAGCGGGCGGCAUUACAUCCCCACAGACGCCGAGGGCCGGUACUUCAUUGACCGGGAUGGCACCCACUUUGGAGAUGUGCUGAAUUUCCUGCGCUCAGGGGACCUGCCGCCCCGGGAGCGUGUACGGGCUGUGUAUAAAGAGGCCCAGUACUAUGCCAUCGGUCCCCUCCUGGAGCAGCUAGAGAACAUGCAGCCUCUGAAGGGGGAGAAAGUGCGCCAGGCAUUUCUGGGACUCAUGCCCUAUUACAAAGACCAUCUGGAGCGGAUUGUGGAGAUUGCCCGGCUGCGUGCGGUACAGCGGAAGGCCCGCUUUGCCAAGCUCAAGGUCUGUGUCUUCAAGGAGGAGAUGCCCAUCACCCCCUACGAGUGUCCUCUUCUCAACUCCCUGCGCUUCGAGCGGAGCGAGAGCGAUGGGCAGCUCUUUGAGCACCAUUGCGAAGUGGAUGUGUCUUUUGGGCCCUGGGAGGCUGUGGCUGAUGUUUAUGACCUACUGCACUGCCUGGUCACGGACCUCUCAGCCCAGGGCCUCAUCGUGGACCACCAGUGCAUCGGGGUGUGUGACAAGCACCUCAUCAACCACUACUACUGCAAGCGCCCCAUCUAUGAGUUCAAGAUCACAUGGUGAGAGAGAAAAGGAUCCACAAGGUUUUGCUCCCACUGCAUUUUUUUCUUGCUCCAUCUGCAGACUAGGGCAGUUAAGCAGGCUAUGGACAUGCAUCUCCUAAAGGAAGAGCUAUGCAGCACCAGCAAUUGGAACAUAAUAUUUCUGUGCUGCAUUAAGGGCUUCUCCCU